AGAGAAAAACGCGCAGUGUACUUAAAGAUGAUACGCGCAGUCAACGUCUAGCAAGGUAUAUUGAGGGGCCUGCGUGGGCAGCGAGAAGUUUACGCGCGGCCAACCACGAGCUUUACUGCGCAGAAAGAAAGAAAAGGGGACGGGACUGCGAAAGCCUAAAAGCUCAACCUAAUUAAAGUGAAGCAGGUCGUUCAGAUUGUCGUUUUGUCGAGCUGAAGAAGCGACAUCGCCGCGUACUCGGCCAUAAGCGUAGGACAGAAGGAGCACCCACAUCUGACGCAGUGGUCGAAGGGGGAGACGGUACAGGAGACGUGGAAGUGAAAAAAAAAAAAGAAUCGCGAAGGACAAUGUCGAGCAAGUUGUCUUCGUUGUCAAAGGCGGUCGCCUCGCCGCGAAAACCCGUAGUCUGCGUGUUGCAGAGAUGGUCGAUGUUGGGCGUCGAAACUUGAACAAAAAGCAGGAGCUGGCCGUUUCAAUUGAACCUCCACCAUGUUUCUUCGGGGACUGAUUCCAGCCAUCGUGUACGUGUGCCUGUGGACGGCCUGCCUCCUCUCCACAAACCUCGUAGCCGAGGUGGACGAGACGUGGUCGGCUCGCGAGAACGACUCCUCGUCGCCGCCGCCGCCGCCACUGAGUCACGAGAAGCGGCUGAUGGACUCGCUGCUGCGCCACUACGACGCCAGCGUGAGGCCCGUCAAGAACUCCUCGGAGCCCGUCAUCAUUCCUGGCAUCACGCUCACGCAGAUAUUCGACCUGGACGAGAAGAAUCAAGUCCUAACAACCAUCGUUUGGCUCGACCAGGAAUGGUUCGACGAGUACCUCACUUGGGACCCGUUGGAGUUUGGGAACUUCAGCAACCUCAGGCUGCCCUGCCACAAGAUUUGGCUGCCUGACAUCGUUCUCUACAACAAUGCGGACGACUAUACGCGGGGCUACUUCCAGACGCGCGCCAUGAUCGACCCCCAGGGCCGAGUGUUCUGGCCGCCGCCCACCAAGUUUCGCAGCACCUGCCCGGUGGACGUGACGUACUUCCCUUUCGACGACCAGGUCUGCACAAUGAAGUUCGGUUCUUGGAUCUAUGACGGGCUACAAGUGGACAUCCAGAACCGGACAUCCGAGGUUGACCUGGUCAAUUACAUGCCCAACGGCGAGUGGGAGCUGCUUGAGGCGCGCAUGGUGCGCAACGUGGUCUACUACCCUUGCUGUCCAGACCAGCCGUUCCCGGACAUCACCGUGGUCCUGGUCAUGAGGCGCAAGACGCUCUACUACAUGUACAACGUGGUCCUGCCCUGCAUCAUGAUGUCCGUGCUCACUCUGCUCGUCUUCUGCCUACCGCCGGACUCGGGCGAGAAGAUCGCGCUCGGCGUCACAGUGCUGCUAGCAUUCUCCGUGUUCAUGCUGGCCAUAGCGGAGAAGAUGCCCGAGACAUCAGAGUCCAUACCCUUACUGGGAAUAUACCUGACGGCCGUGAUGGCCAUCACGUCCAUCUCGGUCGUCAUGACCGUGAUCGUCCUCAACUUCCACUACCGCGGUCCCAGCCGGAAAGAAGUGCCAGCGUGGCUCCGCCGUCUCCUGCUCAACAAGUCAUCCUCCAGUCGUGGGUGGUUCUCGAAGCCGGCGCGCCGCAAGACCGUCGGCGACAAUCACGUGCACUUCUACGACUUGCCAUCGCGCACAGCAGCCGCCAAGGACCACUCAGACCUGGACGACGACGGAGACGGCAGCAGAAGACCUGCGGCCGACGACACCUUCCGGCUCGUCGUAGACAGCGUCGUGAUCGGCGGCGAAGACCGCUACGCCCGCGGCGAGUACGCCGAGCACUCCGCGAGCAACGAGUCCCCGAGUCCCGUCCUCCACGGUGACAUGUCGCGGAACAAUGCCUCCGGGUCGGCCAGGCACCGCCGCUGUCGCGCUGGUGCCGCUAGUGGCGGAUCCACUAGGCGCGUGCAGGAAGAAGUGCUGCGGACUUUGCGGUACCUGAUGGAGAAACAGCAGCGCGAGGAACACCUCACCCGGACUGUAAACGAGUGGAGACAGAUGGCUCUCGUGAUAGAUCGCACCUUGUUCUGGUUCUUUCUGAUCAUCACAGCCGUGUCAUCCAUCUGCUUCCUAGUCGUCAUACCGAUACAGAGGCGGGGACUGUGACUGUGACUUGGGCAGAGUUGUGAGCAACUCUGCAUUGCCAUGACGUGCUAAAACACUUAGAGAGGGAGGGAGCCGGGAGAGAUCCAAAAGAUACAUGUGUCACCAUUUUGGAUAAACUCUGGUUGUAUGCAGCCUGUAUUCGUUUCGCCUAAAUAAUUGGUUUACAACUCUCUAAAAUACUAGUACAUCGUAUAGGCGCGCUGAAGUUUAGCACUUCUCAAGAGUAAACGUUAGAAGGCAUCUGCAGCCUUUUUGUUGUUAGAGACAAGUUUACACACAAUAUUGAUAAGCCUAGCCACGAAUUCUUGCUAUGUUCAUCAUGGCGUUUGCUAAAUACUCUUUAACAGCGCUAAUGUUGUCUAAUUUCUAUAGUCAAGUUGCAUCUAUUGGGAGAAUCAGAGGCGGAAUCCACACAGUAUGUCACUUGUUACUAUUCGUGAUUAUUGACCA